AUGACUCGGUGCAUUUUGACGCCUGUUACCCUGCACGCUUGCUGCAGAAGUGGUUGCGAAAGAUACAUGCUCUAUGAAAGUAUAGAUUCAUUUAAAGUUUAUUUGUUUGUUACAUGCUGUGUUUACUCCCUACUCUAUAAUCCCUUAUCGGCACGAGACAUUUUGGACAACUUUUUCAAUUUAUCGUUGCCUUCACUAAGCUUGCGUUGCAGCCUCUCAUAUCUUUCUUCUGCUGCCUUUGCCAGAGCCAACCUGGCCUCAUUUUCCGACUGCAGUGUGCCCCCAAGAACAUGUCCCUGCGAUUUGUUUUGCUUGGUUUGGGCUAAUCUCAGAGUUCCCGUUACCUCUUUCUCCAGUACUUUAUGCAGCUUUGGUUGCACCUUGACAUCACUUGCAUCUUUCGAUAUGCAACUCCCCAUGCCGAAUUGCGUCUUUCAGGCGCCCUCAAUUAUGGCUGCAUUCCUACGACCAUUACGCACAUAA